CGUCCAGCUCGGUGGCUCGCGAUCUGGGCCACCCUCUGCUUGAGCAGAUGGCCAACAUCGAGUGCUUCCUGGCCCAGGCCCGGUCGGCAGGGCGCUUGUGCGAGGCCCGCACCCUGGAGGAGAACCUGCGACAGCUGCAGGACGAGUGGGAUAGGAUGCAGGAGGAGGAGACCAGGAAGAAGCCUGAGGCCUACUCCUUCGAGGUGGGGAGCGGGAAGCCUGAGGCGUACUCCUUCGAGGUGAGGAGCGGGAAGCCUGAGGCCUACUCCUUCGAGGUGGGGAGCGAGAAGCCUGAGGCCUACUCCUUUGAGGAGGUGAGCGUGGAGGAGAAGAGGAGCAGGAGGAAGCCUGAGCCCUACCAGGCCUCUCCCUUCAACGGCGUUUCCCAGACCCGGGGAUGCCUCAACCCCUUCGAGGAGGAGACCGUAGGCCCCAAUCCUUUUGAGGAGAGGAGCAGGAGGAGCCCCAGGGCCUGCCUCUCCGGGGAGAAGAGUGAGGGCCCCAACCCAUUCGAGGAGGUGGUGGUGGUAGGGGAGGCCCCUGGGAACCCCUUCGAGGAGCAGGAGGGGUCCCCGGGGGGUGGGGGCAACCCCUUUGAGGUGGACGAGGAGGAGAUUGAGGAGGAGGAGAUUGAGGAGGAGUUGCUGAGGCAGCAGAUCGACAACAUCAAGGCCUACGUGUUUGACGCCAAGCAGGCCGGACGCCUGGAUGAAGUGGCCAGCCUCAUGGACAAUCUGGCCGAACUCAGGCAGGCCCUGGACGGCGCCCAGAAGAGACGGAGAGCACUCUGACCCCCUGCCGUACGGGCCUCCGCCAAGGAACCCGGGACUCCAGCCCAGUUGGUCGGCUGUGGGAGGGACACUGCCCUCUGGCCCUAGCGGGUCAAGGGGACCGCUCUCCAUCUCUACUCCCUGUGGUUUUGGGGGAAGGGGGUGGGGUGGCGUGGCAGAGGGGGAGGGGGAAGAGAGGAGGGGCUCACCCACACCCCUCACCUCUCCACGUUCUCUCUCCCUCCGGACAGGCACCUGUUGUAGGGUCAGGCCGGGGAACGA